AUGAACGUCGCUAAUGCUGGCAACCUCUUGUCGGCUACGGGGUUUAACUUGUGCACUGUGGAUACGGACUUUAUCCAAGUGGACUAUCCAAAUGCCUUUGUAUUAAUGGAGCAUCUACGUGGCAUGGGUGAAAAUCACGCCAUAAACUCGCGAGGAGCUCCUGCCACGCGUGACUCGCUGCUUGCGGCUGCCUCAAUCUAUCAAUCCAUGUUCGGCCAAUCGGACGGCACGGUACCUGCUACAUUUCAGGUUAUCUACCUCAUUGGUUGGUCUCCACAUGAAUCGCAGCAGAAGCCACUGCGUCGUGGCUCAGCACAACACUCGCUCAAGGAGCUCAGCCAUGGGUGA